AUGGACAACAUGGCCACUCAAAGCGAUGGUGCUGCCAAGAUGGAACCUCUCCGAUCCUCCUGUCCAUUUCUUGAAGAAGAGGCCCGACGACAUUUGCCCUAUGAUGUAAAUGAUUCCGUUUAUUUGGAGGUGCAAUCCAACGAGGAACCGCUCUUCAGCUACAUGCUCCGCUUUGUCAGCAAGUCAGUGCAAAAAGCCAGGAGUAUUCGAGCUGACAUGGGCAAAGGAAGAGGCCUUGGUGCAGAUGAUGAUGACAUUGAUGACUUGCUUGUGAUGGUCAAGGGCAAGGGCAAGGUUGGUGGGGCCAGCCGCAAGCGCAAGCGCGAAGUGCAGAUGCCGUCUGCCAACAUCGGCUUAGGCUGGCAUUCCUUCGAUUUCACUUGGGAAGAGAAGACCGCGCACAUUACGGCAGUUCUGCAGCGCAUUGGGCAUCCCACAGGUGACGGCCCAUCCUUUUUCACAUCAAUGGUCCUUUUUGCUCAAGGGCAGGACCAAAUGCCCUUGCUCAAGAUCUGCCAGAAGGCUGCAGACAAUGAAACCAAGCAGAAAGCGAAUCGGGUGUCGUUGUGGAGAUUUGACACAAAGUAUCACUUUUGGUCACGAAUCUCAAGACGAAUGGCUCGCAGUCUGGAUAGCAUCGUUCUAGAGGAGAGUGUGAAGCGACCACUUCUGGAUGACCUUGAGUGGUUUUUGAAAGAUGAGACCCGGACGUUUUAUGCCAAACAUGGAAUUCCCUACCACCGUUGCUACUUGCUACAUGGAGAGCCCGGAACUGGCAAGACCUCCUUCAUGAAUUCAGUUGCUGGACACAUCCAGCGAAAUCUAUGCUUUAUACAAAUGGACAAGCACAUGACUGAUGACACCUUCAGAAAUGCAAUGACGCAGCUUCCAGCACUUUCCAUGGUUGUUCUGGAAGAUGUUGACGCACUUUUCACGAACCACCGUGAAGCAGACCAAAACAAUUCAUCUUUGUCAUUCAGUGGAUUUCUGAACUGCCUGGAUGGUCUGGGAGCUCCAGAUGACGUGGUCAUUUUUAUGACAACCAAUCAUCCAGACAAGCUAGACCCUGCAGUUAUGCGACCAGGAAGAAUAGACUUGAAGGCGGAGUUCAAAAAGCCGAACAAGGAUGUGGCUUCCAAGUACUUCCUGACAUUCUAUCCUGGGGCAGAUGAUGCUGCUGUCGUCUUUGGAACUUCAGUAGGUGGACGCAUUGCAGAGCGCAAAGUCUCCAUGGCGCAAUUGCAGCAUUUCUUCCUGGCAUGCCACCGCCAGGGAUUUGAUGCAGUGAAGGCAUCACAAUACAUCAGCGACUUUACCUUCGACGAGCCCAGAUCUACGAUCUUUUCGUCCUAUGGUUGA